GUUGUAUCACUUGACAAUGAGAAGAAAAUUAGAAUAUUUCAUAUAAUAAAAUACAAAAGAAAUAGUGAGUGGAUGACAUAGUCUCCUCAUCUGCAUACCAGCCAGGAUGUGCAUAUAACUGUUUUGUGAAGUUAAGCGAAACUUUAAAAUGUCAUAACUUUUUUAUUUUACAUCCGAUUUUGAUGAAAUUUUCAGUGUUAUGCUUGUUGGAUUUUUCUGUUUUUAUUCAAAUCAACUUUUUGUUGGGGUGGACUUGUCCUUUAAGAUAUUCAGUAGUUGCUUACAGUGCUUAACAUUUCCACAAAACUUGAUAAGAAAUGUUUGAGUUAUUAAUGGUAGUUUAAUUUGUUUGAAUAAAUUGUUCUUUUUAUGGUCAAAUUUUUAUUUUUAUUUAAAUGUGCUUUAUAUUCUAGAGAACUUUAUGUACAUUGUAUUUAACCCUAUAUUUUUUAUUAAUGAUCCCUGCAGUCACUAUUAAAGACAUCUAGAGAAAUUAAACAUUUCACUGUAUAUUCACUGUAAAUCAAAUCACCCUUUGGUUCGAAUCACUUUUUGAUGAGCAAAUACAAGUAUUUUAAAUAGUUUUUCACCUUCUUUUGCUUGGGAGUGGUCUAAGAAUGGCACAAGAAAAAUACUGGGGCUAUUUCAUAUGUGUUGCUUUAGUAAGAUAAUCAAACCUAUACUGCUUGAUAAAUCUGCAUUUAUUAAUCAAUUCAUACAAUCCAUUCAUUCUUCCGUCCGUCUGUCCGUCCAUCCAUCCAUCCAUUGGCAUCCAUCCAUCCAUCGGCAUCCAUCCAUCCAUCGGCAUCCACCCAUCUAUCCCAACAAUACAUCCAUCUAUCCAUCCAUCCACUUAUUCAUCCACUAAUACCCACCAAUGAAUUUCCAAUCUUUAAUUAGGGCUGACUCUUAGAGCCUAAGUGGUGAUAUAGCGUUAAUUAAUUAUGAAAUCAUAUAUACUCUCACUCCCUCUGUGAUAUUAAGAUAAUCUUUACCGCACUAGUGAUUGGUAGCUGGAAAGAAGACUUGUUUAGGGACUGGAGCCUGGCAGUAAUGUAUGGACCAUGACUUAUGAAAUAAAUUAGAAAAUGGUCAUGUACUCUUACUCCCUCAGUGAAUUUAAGAUAAUCUUUACCCACUAGCAAUUAGUAGCUGACAAGAAGACUUUUUAGGGAUCUAGAGCCUGGCAGUUGAAAAAAGUAAUGGUUUUCCUAUAUAUGCACUCUGGCAUUCUGGCUCAUAUACAUGUAUGUCGUCAUUCGGAAUAAUAUAAAGCCAUACACUCAACCAUGUUAAGAUUCUUAGAGGUCCUACAUUUAUAUCAGAUAUUGCUGGUAUUGCUGCUAUACAAGAAAAUGCUAUGCAAAAUACAAUGCUGAAUUAUCAGUUGAGAAAAAAACUAUUUGUACCGUUUUCUCUGUACUGCUACCAGAGUAAUAAUAACAGCUUCUUUUUCUUCUUUCUGUUUAGGGACUUUUCUUCUUUUAACUGUGGAAAUAAAUUUGAAUUUGAAUUUGAAUUUGAAUUUAAAAUGUAGCAUUCAGUUUGUUGUUGAUUUCAUCAAUAGGUCACAUGACGGUUUUGAAGAAGACGCUGAUGGUAUUCUUCAUGGUGUACCUGGUAGCAACUAUGCAUCACAACAGAACGUAUUUGAUGACCUGGGACAAGGUGUCUUAGACAACGCUUUCAAAGGCUUCAACUGUUCAUUAUUUGCCUAUGGGCAGACAGGGGCUGGUAAAUCAUAUUCCAUGGUUGGAUAUGGUCAAAACAAAGGUAUUGUACCUAUCACAUGUGAUGCUCUCUUCAAGACGAUAGAAAGUUCCUCAACAGAAACAAAAUAUGAAGUCACAUUCUCCAUGUUGGAGAUCUACAAUGAACAGGUCCGUGACUUGUUACAGAAGAACAACCCAAAGGGAGGUCUGGCUGUUAGACAGAACCCUAAGGAAGGUCUCUUCUAUGUUCAGAAUCUUAAGAAGGCUGCCGUAGGGAGCUACAAGGAGAUUGAGAGGAAGGUCGAUGAAGGCACCGCCAACAGAACAGUAGCAGCCACACAGAUGAAUGCUACGAGUAGUAGAGCACAUACUGUUAUCACAAUCACAUUCAAUCAGAUUAGUAAGAAUGAUGUUGGGCAGGAGACUAAGAAAACUAGUGUUAUCAACCUGGUUGAUUUGGCUGGUAGUGAAAGGGCAGACUCCACUGGUGCUACAGGAGACAGGUUAAAAGAAGGUGCAAAUAUCAACAAAUCUCUAUCAGCUCUUGGCAAUGUCAUAUCUGCCUUAGCAGAUCUAUCUAUGGGUAAGAAGAAGACAAUGGUUCCGUAUCGUGAUUCUGUCCUCACGAAGUUGCUUCAGAAUGCUUUGGGUGGUAACAGCAAAACCAUUAUGAUUGCUGCCCUGUCUCCGGCUGAUAUCAAUUAUGAUGAGACCCUCGGUACCCUGAGAUAUGCUGACCGUGCCAAGAAGAUCAAGAACAAAGCCGUUGUGAAUGAAAACCCAGUGGAGAAGCUCAUCAGAGAGCUGAGAGAGGAGAAUGAAAGACUCAAGAAGUCUCUUGGUGGAGGGGUGAUGCCCAUGGAGGGGUCGGCCGGAAUGAACCCAGAAGAAAUUGAAGCAAUGAAGAAGCAGAUGGAGGAAGAAAUCAGGGCACAGCUGAUGGCUAACCAAGAAGCAAUGUCAGAUAUGGAUUGGGAUACAAGGUUACAACAAGCAAGAACAGAGCAAGCAGAUGACGAUGGAGAUCGUGACAUGCAGGAACAAAGAAAGAACAAAGAACCUCACUUUACAAAUCUCAAUGAGGAUAAUGUACUUAGUGGUGUCAUCCUUCACUUCUUGAGUGCCAGUGAGACAACGAUCGGUAGGAAAGAUGCCAGCCCGGCGCCAACUAUACCGCUCAGCGGUCUCAGUAUUCAGAAACAGCAUGCGCUGGUGAAGAAUGAAAAUGGCGAUAUUUCCAUCAAACCAGCCACAGCGGGGGCAAAGGUCAAAAUCAAUGGUGCUCCUCUUGUCGGGGAAAGGAUCUUGUCUCAUCUUGACAGAGUCAUGUUCGGUUCAAAUCAUCUGUAUAUCUUCAAGAAUCCUUUAAAACCUCAGUCUGCUGAGGGCACUCCAGCGAGCAUCGAUUGGGAGUUUGCUCAGAAAGAACUUGCUCAGGCUAAGGGAUUUAAUACCAGUACAUCUGGACUAACAAAAGAUCAACAGAAGGCCCAGGACCAGAUCCUGGAACUGCUUCCCAUGGUGAAUGAAGUCAAUGCCGUUAGUGAAGAACUCAACAAACACAAAAACUUUGAGAUAAUACUCAUCAGCGGGGCUGCACAAGAUGGCCCUAACAAAGAAACAAAGGUGACAGUCAAGAUGACCAGUCUUCUGAAUGGUAAUGAAUGGCUAUGGGAAAGGGGCAAGUUCAUCAACAGGAGAUACGUUGUCCAGGACUUGUAUCAGCGAUACCUUGAUGGUGAUGAUGAUGUCCUCAGCCUUCCAAAAGAAGAAGAUCCAUUCUGGGAACCUCCUGAGGAUGUCCUGAUUGGUAGCGCUAAUGUCUUCCUCCAGAGUCUCUCUUAUGCUUUAGAUUUUGAUGAUAAAGUUACCAUCACUGAUUUCAAGGGUGCUGAACAGGGAUACCUGAUUGUGAAUGUUUCCCCUUGUAAUCAAACAGGGAAAACCCUCCCUGAUGAUGAGUUUGUCGAUGAUCCUUCAGAACUUCUUGGAAAGCCAUACCAUUUCAAGGUCACAAUCCGAUCUGGAGAGAUCAACAAAUCCCGCUUCUCUCGAGGCCUCCAUGUCACCUACCGAUUCAUGGAUGAUCCCGACCUCACUGUCACCCCCGUCAUCAAGGACACACUGUCACCGGAGUGGAAGCACAGUCGGGUCAUCUCUAUUGCUUCUGUUGAUCAGAAACACUUGGAUUUCUUUGAUUCUGGUCUCAUCUCCUUCCAAGUGUAUGGGAAACAGGUGGACUCGGAUCCUGACCCCAAUCUCACUAAACUUACCACAAAGGAACUACGUCAAAUGAAGAAUAUGAAUGACGGUGGGAGCGCAGGACUUAACCGUUCCAUAUCAGUGGUAGAGAAAGAUGAGCUUGCUCAGAUCAAGAGUGAAUUAGUACUACUCAAGAAGAAACACGAGAGAUUAGAGAAGAAAGAAAGAAGAUUACAGGAAAUUUGCAAGGAAUGGGAGGAAAAAACCCCAGAAGAGCAACAGUUUGCCCCUUUCUUCCGAUCUGUCUCAGCAGUAGCUAACUCUACUGGUACAAAACUCAAAACAAGAGUACAGAUGCUCAAUAAGGAGGACAGCGUAAGCAUUUACAGUUUUGAGCUAGACCCCGACCAAAAAAUGCAGCCUUCAUCAAACAAUUCUCCACAAGCCGCCAACGGGCCUCCGAGGCCUCCAUCGGCCAAAGUCAAGGCUCCUACAUCGCCAGCAGGCACGAAUGGCACCACCAAAUUACCACCACAAAACAAUGGAAGCGACAAAAAAGCUGAUAUGAAUCAAGUCCAUGAAGCAGCUACUGGCAAGAAACCACAGUCAGGUGUCUGCGUAUGCAUGUAGUCAUCUUAUGAAACUGCAGAAUGGAGCAGGAUCAGGACAAGGGAAUUCUGGGACAGUCGUCAGAACGAACAAACAGGGAGAGAAGGUAGAGGGAGGUAGUAAGGCGUGCAUCGUUAUGUGACCUCUGUCGGCUCACAGGAGAUAUCAUGGGAUAGUAUCAUUCUGGAGGCAAUAGCUGUGCCGUCAUUCAUAUGUCAUUGAAGUUGACAUUGCCUAUAUUUUUAAGAGACAUUCUAAGUACUAUAUGAUGAAGGUUGGUAACAUGGAAAUUAUCACUCCUGUUGCUUUGUAAUUGUGAAAUGUUGUCAACAGUUCUCGGCCGUGAGAGAUGAAGAUUAGAAUUAGAUUAAAUUGUUGAUACAGUCAAUUAAAGUUCUUAUUGAUUAGGAAGUAUUUACAUGCAUGGCAAGCCACCUUGAAACCCACAUAAAGUUGCCAAAUUGGUCAUUUUAGCUUCAGAAAUCAAAAUUGAGAAAAAUCGGUGAUCUGAAAGAGUAAACCACCCUCGGCCUACAACCGAAAUAUGAAAUGUUCUCAAGCAAGGUACAAGUGUUUCUAAAUGAACAUUUCUCACAGGUGGACUGCUCAUAAUUCUGACAGAUCUUUCACAAAAUUUAUGUCACGUUUCAGUGAACCUAAAAACUUUCAAGUUCAUAUUGGUUUGGCAGAAUAUUGGUGGGUUUACAUGUAAACUGGGUGGUCACUUAUUUCUUAAACUUUUUCAUUACAUAAGAGUCAAUUGCUGAGGCAUUCAAUGAUUAGGUUAUCAUUAUUGUAGUUGUGUCUUUUACAGAGUUAACAAAUAUGAUAUAUGAGUCUUUUCUUUCAAGAAAGACUGCAUUCAUAGUAUCAAAACUUAUCUAUACGUUGAUAACAUUUUGUAUAAAUUCAUGGUAUUUUUUAUAUAAAAUGACUUAAUUUGAUGUUCAUUUCCAGUACUGUAGCUUAGUGGUAUUUUGUCAUCAUUUUUGUUUUCUAUUACAAUCUUGCAUUGGUCCUAUUUAGACACAGCUAAAUUGCUGCAUUUCAAGUGGUGAUAUUAAAAAUAAGAAUCCAAAAGUCUGGUAUUUUUUUAGAAAUCCACAUGGACGUGAUCCUCAUUUCCAAUAUUUGUGUGUGCUAUGAACUAAAUCCAUAUCAUUAAAACAUUAUGAUGAUGACAAUUAUUGUUACCAUUAUCAGUAGAAGUAGUCUUAGUAUUGUCAUCAUCAUCAUGAUUAGGAUAUUUUUGUAUUUGUUUCAGGUGAAUUCAUAGUUUAACAUGCUACAAUGACAACCCAUAGAAAUUUGGUUAUGUAAUGUUGCUUCUUUUAAAAUCUAGUAAAUAUUUCAUUUGAAAAAAAAAAAAUUACUCAAAGUUAUGUGUAGUUUGAAGGAAAUUAUGCUGUAAAUAAAUAUGAUUUUUGUUCUUCUUGUGCUAAAUAUUUUGGGAAAUGUUGCUAACUAUGUUGGUAGAGCAAUUCGUUUUGCAUUGUAAUGAGAAUAUUGUAUGUAUAUUUGGUUGUUACAGCAUUAUUAUUUAUGACAUUUGUAUUUCAUUGGAAGCGAAAUCAAUAUACGCAAAUCACAUACCAGUUGAUGAUUAAUUGACUUCUCAAAUGUGCUAUUAGGGGAAUCGAAGAUGGAGCCUAGGUUAUAUUCUACAAAAUUAAAGCCAUGUAUAUUUAUUAGAACUUGUGAUAUUUGGUGGGUAGUUUAAUUUUGAGCAGAGCUUUGCGCUUUUCUAAUCUCGGUUCUUCUUGAGUGUGAAAUGCAACCUAUCAUGUGGGAAAAGAUAUUAUUAUGAUCAAAUGAUAUUAAUUAUAUCAAUCGUUUGAUAUUUGAUUUCAUAAGUCGAUUUCAGCUAUGCAAAUAUGCAAUAUGAGAUAUAUUACCAGGAAAUGUACAAUAUUUCUCUGUGCUACAGAAUAUAGAAAGUAGAACCUAUGCUGUAAAUUUUUAUAUAAAUAUAUUUGAUAUGACAAAAUUAUGGCACACAAUUCUGUACUACAUGGAUAUGUUACACCAUUUUUUAAUUGAAAAACAUAAAUGUUGCUGUAAAUAACUCAAAGUUCAUGGCGUUUUAGUCGAGAACUGCCAUGCAUGGUUUGCUGGAAUGGUAGAAGCACAUUUUUCACUGGUGAACAUAAAAAAGCAUAUGACGCAACCAUAAAUGUUCUUACCAUAUGUGUAUCAUGUAUGUGAAAUAAAAAUGAGAAAAUGUUAUUAUAGCAUAUAGGUCUCAGUUUGUAUGUGAAAGAAAAUGAUAUCGUGAAAGAUGAAACACAUGAAUAAUCCAAAAUGUAGAUGCCACAACUCCUUUGUCAUUCAGAAUCAUUGUUAUUGGUUCAUUUCACAGGCUAGUCUAUUAAGAAUGAAGAAUGAAUUAUUUGUAAUGAUUAUCAGAUCAUUUUGUGAGUGUUCAGGUAUGCUAUACCGUCUUUCAAUUGAUUACAUUUUUAGUAUAUACUCAGCUCCUCAGGUGAUAAUGGCUUGAUGCUAGAUAAACCGUUGAAUAAAUUGAUGAUUAAGAGGGGUUGCUGGUGAAAUUAAACAUUUUGAUCCUGUGAAAAAUGCCAACAAAAUUAUGGGGAAACAGAUUCAGGGGGGAAAAUGGUUUCCUACAGGUUAUUCCUAAUAUAGGCUUAACUGUAAAUUGCUCAAAUUAUUUAUAGUUUCUGAUUUGUUUUCUUUCAAAUUCAAAUCUAAAGAACUUUAGAAGUAUGUUAUUUCAGAUGUUCUGAUCCCUUUUUCACAAGACAAAGAACAUUCUUCUAGAUUAUGAGAUGCGAGUUAAUCCAGUAGAGUCAUCAAGUGCCUCCGAUAUUUAAAAUAUAAAUUUGACUUUUCUGUAAAAAAUAAAUUCAUAAUGUUUGCAUAUGAAUAUAAUAUAUUGAUUUACUUAUUAUAAAAAAAAGAUGUUGAGCUAUAGUAUUUUGUGUUCUUGAUGAUCAUUUGUUUAUAUUUUUGUAUUUUUUUCUCACAUCAACAUACGUAAUUUCUACCGUACAUACAUGUGUGUAUUACUAUGUAGUCCUGCGGAAUAUUCAUGUGGAAUGAAUAGACCCUUGUUUACAUGACCCCUUAGGAAACUGCCGUCCUCUUAGAUAUGUAAUUCUGUGUGAUCAACAGACACCAGAUUACCUGACCCCUUAAAAAGAACUGCCGUCCUCAUGUAGAUGAUAUUAUUUUACCAUUAUCUUUACGUUUCUUUUUCAAAAUCUUAAAAUGUUUUAACAAAUUUUGUAGGUCGUGAUGAAUUUCAGAUCAAUUUAUACUACAUCAGAUAUAUCCGUCCAUUUAAUAUUUGUAAUACAUUUUGUAUAUACAUGUAUAUCAUGGUUGAAAGGACAAUAUUGUAAAUAGAAUGGUCCAAUCAUUAAAAAGAGAAAAAAAUCAGAUAUUUAGAAGGAUAAUGAUCUUGAUGUCUAUGAAUUAUAUGUAAAAAGUGAGAGGGGAUGAGCUGUCUUUCAAAUACAUGUAUAAAAAGAGUAAAUAUCUCCAUACUAUUUGAAUGAAAAAUGAGUGAUUGGUAGAUAAUUUACGGAUAACCUAUUUAUCAAUGUAGUCUUUCAUCUGUACAUAAUUGUGUGGUUAUUACUGAUUUCUUUGAGACAUCUCCGUACUUCCAUUUCCUCUCACAGAUUUCUUGUGACUGAACAACCUUGAAUUCAUGUUGAUUAAUCAUGUGGCACAUUUAAUAAAUAAUAUCAUGUACACAGAAA